CUCUCCCACGCCUCUCUCUGUUACUUAUAGGUCGCUUGCACGGCUUAUUCCCUUAUCAGUUGAUUUCUUUAUUCCAUCAACUCUCGCAAUACAUCGUCUCUGAGGAGCAGACGCAAGCGACACGUCCGGUUCCCCUUCGCGUCCUCUCCGAGCGACCCUAGGCUCGACUUCCCCCCGACGCAAUUAAUUCAUAGCCAUCUAUCAACACAAUGGAUGUCGCUUCGACCACACCAGAAGAUGCCGUGCGCAUCUCCGCCAAGAGAACCGCGGACCUGUUCGGCCCCGACUAUCUGAUGGUGACCCCGUCCGUCACCAACGGGUCCAUUGGCCUCUCCUACCGACGAAAAGCAGAGUACGACGACGUGAAGGAACUGCCCCCAGCACUCGCCGCGAAACAAGCCCAGGCCGCUGCCGCAGGCCGUGCGAAGCGACCGAAAACCCAACCGCAGGCGCAGGCCAACGUGGAUCAGAGUGGCGGGUCGAUGUCUCUGGUGAAGAAGGGCCCCAGUCCGAGUGCGGGCGGUGUCGGUGGUGAGAAUCAACCGAAGAGCUUAGUUCAGCGACCGUCGGCGACGCGACAACAGCGACCGGAUUGGCACGCGCCGUGGAAGCUGAUGCGCGUGAUCUCGGGACAUCUGGGGUGGGUGCGAGCGCUGGCGGUGGAACCGAACAACGAGUGGUUUGCGAGCGGUGCGGGCGAUCGAACGAUCAAGAUCUGGAAUCUGGCGACGGGACAGCUGCGACUCACCCUGACGGGCCAUAUCUCGACCGUCCGUGGAUUGGCGGUGUCUCCCCGACACCCCUACCUUUUCUCCUGCGGCGAGGAUAAGAUGGUCAAAUGUUGGGAUUUGGAAACCAACAAGGUCAUCCGGCAUUACCACGGCCAUCUGAGCGGUGUCUACUCGCUCUCGCUGCACCCAAACCUGGACCUUCUGGUUACCGGUGGUCGGGACGGUGUCGCCCGAGUGUGGGACAUGCGCACGCGCAGCAACGUCCAUGUCUUGUCGGGCCACAAGGGCACCGUGGCCGACGUCAAGUGCCAGGAAGCCGACCCGCAGAUCAUUACGGGGUCUCUGGAUGCUACGGUCCGCCUGUGGGAUCUGGCCGCCGGCAAGUCGAUGGGGGUGCUCACGCACCACAAGAAGGGCAUCCGCAACAUCGCCAUCCACCCGCGGGAGUUCACCUUCGCCAGUGCCAGCACCGGCAGCAUCAAGCAGUGGAAGUGUCCCGAGGGCGCCUUCAUGCAGAAUUUCGAAGGCCACAACGCCAUCGUCAACUCCAUCGCCGUCAACGAAGACAACGUCAUGUUCUCCGGCGGCGACAACGGCUCCAUGUGCUUCUGGGACUGGAAGACGGGCCACCGCUUCCAGACCAUGGAUACCAUGGCGCAACCCGGUUCGCUGGAUGCGGAGGCCGGCAUCAUGGCGUCGACCUUUGAUCGCACCGGUCUCCGUCUAUUCACGGGCGAGGCCGACAAGACCAUCAAAGUGUGGAAGCCCGAUGAUGAGGCCACCGAAGAGUCGCAUCCUCUCGCGUGGCAACCGACCCUGGGACGGCAGAGAUACUAAUGCGUGAUGCUUCAGACUGAUUCUUAUACCCCGUUCAAUCAGUUUGUCAGGAAAGAGGAGAUACUUGAGGAAACCAUGCUUGUUUUGGUGCAGCUUCACGGAGUUCCGGUGGAUUGAGGUUUAUAUGUUGUCUUUAGAUAUGAUGGUUUCUCCCUGUAAGGGCACAAAAAGGAUAUAAUUGCCCAUGACUGAAUUGUAUUAUAU